AUGCUCCCACUAAGCUUUACGCGUCCAUGUCUCACCGGUCUACUUCUAGUACCCUUCGUCCUCAGCGAUACGCAGGAGACUCUACUUGUUGUCGAUGACUCGGAUUCAUUGCUGAUCAAGUACAGAGGCCCAUGGCAGAGCAGCCCCUCGAGUCUGUUCACCGAUCCAGAACAGCUCAACUACCUUGGCACGCUGACAUACUCAAACCUGUCCGGCGCCGUCGCAAACUUCAUGUUCUCAGGGACCAGCGUAUCGGUCUACGGCGCUCUGUUCCCCGUCGGGACGUUCAACCGCACCUCGCUGUACUCCAUUGACGGCCAGAACACGACGUUGUAUGCUCCCCCAAGAACCAUCUCCAGCGAGCAGCACCGCGUCCUGUUCUACAAUUCUGGCACUCUUCCUUUUGGGCAGCACACCCUCACGAUCGAGAACGUCGGUGUAGAGUACUGGUUUGAUUUCAUCAAGGCGGACGGCGUAGAUCCUACGAUCGGAGGCCCGAACGGUAGCUACCUAUGUUUUGAGGGCUUCAAAGCGACGGCGACGUCGCGGGACGCGUCCGAAACGCAGACCGCGACCAGGACGCAGAGCGGCCAAGUGUCGCUCUCUACUCAAGGCGCCCCAUCCACUAGUGUACCUUCCGCUCCAAGUUCGCCUUCCAAUUCCGGUGCUUCUCCUACUCCCGGUACUUCGGACAAGUCCUUGAGCCUUUCUCCAGGCGUCAUUGCCGGAGUUGGGAUCACAGCGGCUGUUGUCGAAGCGCUGCUGAUCCUAGGAGCGCUGUGGGUGUGUCGCCGCCGCAAGCGCAAUACGGUAGAGAGCAAUGUUACGCCAUUCGACCCAAAUUUCGCUGGUGCUAUGCACGCCCUUCCGGUGGCCGGGCUCCCCCAGUUGACGAACACAUCGCAGCAGUCCGAUGCGCGGUCGCCAUAUCAUCUUGCAUCGAGCAGUAUCAACGACCGCGAUGGGAGCACGGCGUGGUAUGAACCUACUUCCUCUCGCUCAUACCGCGAUACAUUCGAUACGUCUCGAGCCAUGUUUUCUCCAGUGGGGGCGGGUGCUUUUGGCCGCGCGGGGACGUCUCCCCUAGGCCUCGCAUCUACUCCUGCUCACUCGACGACACACUUGCCCUCCCACCCUUUUAGCAAGCUCCCCAUGGACGGUGACCCCGUUCCUGCGCCACCAGCUAUGAUACCUGGAGAGGUGUUUGGCGUACUGGACGUCAGGCGAGAGCCCCGACGGUCGCGGGACGGCGGGACCCGCAUUGAUGGAGGACCGCCAGGGCGGCAGAUGGCGAUGUCGGAGAUCGAGAACCAAAGUAUAGUGCACACACUUCCUCCAUCUUACGACGUCUAUCCUUCGUGA